AAAACGAAUUCUGAAACCCAGAAGCUAUUCACGGAAGCUUCUCCCAAGAAUUGAUUAUGGUCUUAGAAUCAUUUGAAGAAUGAUAUCCGAACGUGCACUUAAUUAUGUUUUUAUGAAAGUUGAGGUGAUGCUGUAUCCUAUAUGGUUUCAAUUUAUGUUAGCUUUGUUAACUGUUAUAAUUUUUAUAACUACAAAGAACGUGAGUUUGAAGACAAGUCUCUUGAUGUGGUGGAAUAGGAAGUCCCUCCCCUUGAAUAUAGGUGGGGUGCCAAGUGAUUGUGCAUUUUUCUGCCAAAUGAAGUGAUGGGAAUGGAGAAGCCACCCAUCCCUAAUACAGCUUCUGAUGGUAAACCAGUAACCACAUUUGUUCACACAAACACAAGUGCAUUCAGGGAAGUAGUGCAAAGAUUAACAGGUCCCUCAGAAGCUACUGCAGCAACAGAAGGAGGAGAGGCCCCAAAAGUUCCCAUUGUGAAAAGAACAACAUCAACAUCAAAACUCCAUGAAAGGAGAAAAUACAUGAAGCCAAAACUUGAGAUAGUUAAACCUUCUUUCAAUUACAAAUCAGGUGCAGCAAGUUUGUCACCCUCUGGCUCCAAGUCAAGAAGUUCUAGCUUCCCUCCAAGCCCAGGAUCAGGUAAUUCUAGUCUUCUUCCAAGCCCAACCACACCUUCAACAAUGUUUUCUCAGUUAACUAUUCUGGAUGAUGAGAAGAGAGAAGAGUCAGUGACACCUGAAGUCAACAGAGAAGAAGAAGAGAAAGCCAUCAAAGAGAGGAGAUUUUAUUUGCAUCCAUCACCAAGGUCUAAACCAGGUUACAAUGAACCAGAAUUGCUCAUUCUGUUUCCCCUGGCAGCACCUAGCACAAGUGAGAAAGCAUGAUUUUGUUAUGCUUCUAAGAAUGUGAUUUCACUUAUGACUCGUGAAAAACCACGUUAGAGAAAAUUAGAAGUGCUUCUGUGAAUGAAUGAAUGAGCAACGUUAAAUCAAAUUACAUGUAUCACUGUAUUGUGCCAAGUACUUUUAAUUAGUCAAAUAAAUUUGUUGUGAA